AACCUGUCCCGCUUUGACAUCUUGUCCUGUAGAGUUUAGGUGACGCUUCAUCCCGCCUGUUGCGUUGUGAGGUCAGGUCCGGUGACAUCUGAGUAGCCUGAACUCAUGUGUUGCUUGUCAGAGUGGGUGGGGUGAGGCGUGGUAGAAGGACACAUUUAUUUGACUGAGUGGGAUCAUAUAUCGGGCCAGCAAAUGUGCACAAGUUCAUCCAGCGGGAAAAGCCUUAAAGGAAAAGUGCACUUUUUUGGAAUCAUCCACAAUCCUUACAUGAGACAUCAACACACGUCUUUGUCUUUUUUGUGCGUCUAAAGAUAAAAAAAAAAACAUAAAAAGUUGCCUGAUGUGUUGUGAGCGUGUUGUGAUACGCUGCGGGCGAGUGUGUGGUGAAGCUGGUCGCUAGCCGGCUAGCAGCUAGCCGGUGUGGUGUGGCAAGUUGUCAGUACGCCUGUAACGUAGUUCUUGGGCCUAACAUUGUGUAUAAUAAUAAUAACAAUGUUGCUGUAGCUUGGUUAAUAUGCACAUGACAUUAUAUGUACAUGGAGCGUUGUUGGUGCUUUUUGGAGGGGUUUUCCCCCCAAAGGCUUUAUAGGCUGCAUAUGCCUUUCCCAUCGUGUGCAUUCUUAGGUCUGCCUUUUUAUCUGUUUUUAUAUCUUCAGAACACACAGAAAAGACAGACGUGUGUUCAUGUGUCACACAAGGAUUGUGGAUGAUGGGCAAAAUUCCCCCAAAAGUGCACUUUUCCUUUAAAGACCACCGCUUUGCUGCGUAACCCAAUAUCACAUGAAGGAUAUUUUUUGAUGGUUCAACUUAAAACUGAACAGUGCCUCAACUUGACCUGGUGGAGGAAUUCUCCUGAUCCCACUUUGUCACCCGGGGAUCAUUCCACCCACUCUUUCCAUCCCACGCAUCCCAAGCUGAACACAACGUUCCUUCUCUCUCGGGACACGUCCCCUCUCCAUCCCUCUUUCAACUCCUGACACCAGUCCAGGUUGGAUGCUUAAUUUCUGGUUUCUGAUUGAUAACCAGUGGUCUGCUUGGUCUCGCUUGUGUUUUGUCCAUCCGUGCCAAUAAAGAGUCUGGAAGUCAAAGUUGAGCAUGUUUAUCCGGAAUGGUUCCCUUUUGACUGACUGGUAUGCUUUCAUUCCCUUUCUUCCAGGCUGUGUGUGUGUGUGUGCGCGUGCGUGUGCGUGUGUGGUCUUGCAAAGAUAUGAGCAAUUGUCCCACUGGGAGAUUGACUCUCCACGAGCGUGACAUCACCUUUUGUUUGCCGCAUGUGGAUGGCGGCGUAUGGACGACCAUGUUAUUGUCUGCCCAGACCCAAGUGAAUGCAUUCAAGCUCAUCAUGAAGCACACUGCUCCUUGUCAUAUGGCUGCUACCCUUAUUGGCUUAGGCUUAGGGUCCAUUGAUUGGGAGAUGGAUGUCCCAAGGAUGGAGGGAGAAUUGGACCUUGACAAACCAAACCAUCAUUUUGAAAAUAAGGUGUGCUUGUUCUUCCUGACAUCUCGUCACUUUGAAUAUCGGCACACAUUACAUCCCAGGAUUUGCAACUUUUCCAGGGCCACUCAUGGUCCAACCACAACCACAUGUGCGCUUCAUGCAUCAAGCUUUGCCUUUGGUGGCGCCUUAUCACCAUCAUUGUCUUGGUUCCAAAAAUAGCAUUUAACAAGAAAACCAACCAAGCAAAAAUGGGAAAAUAAACAGUAAUUUAACAAGAAUAUAGUGAAAAUAUGAAGAGAACAAGUUGCAUUUCUAUGAGAAUAAAUAAUAACUUCAUUUUAGUUGCAUAAAGUUGAAAUAUUAAAGAAAAAGAUUUUUUUUAAGUCGCAAUAUUAUGAAACUAACAAAGUUGCAAUUUUCAGGAAAAAUUUGGUUGCGAAAAAAGCUAUGUUAUGGGAAUAAAGUCACAGUUGCGAGAAGAACAUUUACAAGUAGAAAGAUGAAAUAGUUGGGAACAAAAAACAGCAGAAAUGGAAAAAUCUGCAGUAAUUUUCCAAGAAAAAAGUAGAAAUGUUAAGAGAAAAAAACGGUAAUCUCACAAGAAAAAGUUGUCAUUUUAGCAGAGUAACGUUGAUGACAUGUUAUACAUAUCAGUAAUAUAUUAUGGGAAUAAAGAACAAUUACGAGAAGAAAAAACAGUUGCAAUUUUACGCAAAUAAAGUCGUCAUGAGGAAAAUGUAGCAGCAUAGAGUUUAAAUCUUAAAAAGAAAACCUUUUGUCUAACAUUAUUAGCAUCUCCACAUGCGCUGCUGUACAAAAUCUCAAAGUGGCAAAGUUGCAUCCUUUCCUUUUUCACUACGUGGCGCUCGCUGGAAAAAGUUUGGACCCCUCUGCCUUAGAUGAUGCGCUUAAUAAGAUGAUUUGGGUCCUGGUGUGUUCAGAGCCGCUUUCUAAAUUGGGUCACAUCCGCAGGGAGCAGGGCUGAGUGAUCCUCCAAGCACUCUGAAUUCUAAUUUCCUGAUUUUCCAAGGAGAGUUCUUCAGCAAUCCGGGUGGUGGAAAUGAGACGUCUCCAUUUUCAUGCCAGUGUGGCAAUCAGCGUGCAUAUUAGUGGGCUCUGCCACUGCGGGAGAGAACUAUAAUUGGCAUCUCCCUUGAUGUCACUUCCCUGGCCCUUGCCGCUGACCCAGCCCUUGCUGAGAACUGCUCCACCCAUCGAGGAACUCCGCCUUGGGAAAAGCAAAGAGAUAUGAAGAUGUCCCACCUGGUGGACUGUUUGACUCUUCACCCUUCUUACUGGUACCGUCAUCUGGGCUCUCUCUUUAGUGGCUAUCACUUUCAUGGAGUACAAGUGUCAACCUUGCUCUCAUUAUCACUGGCAGAAUUACGUCUUGUCUUCGAAACACUAGGUUGUUUUUGAGCUUGCCAGCUGAUUUUGAAGAAUAUUUGCUUCAACUCUUUUAUUUUUGGAAGUGUUCUAUUCAGACAUGCCUGUAUUUAAUCACACUGUAUCACUUGUCAGUGUGAAUAUUUGAAUAUGUCAAUAUUUACUUUGCAAAUUGAUUUCAGUGUGUGCUCCUAAAUCUUCUGCUUGCUCUCCUAAAAUGUGAAGUUUGGGACCACUGUGCUUCCCGAAAAAAAAACAGAGGCUGGAAUAAGUCAAGCUGAGGGAUUCUGCAGUGAGCUUCCGUCCCUUCAUUAGUGUUACGUUGCUAAGUCUUUGCGGUGAUCAACCAAGCCAGCCCAGGCCGCGACCCCCUUUAACCUUUGAACCCCGCCACAGAUGUAAUUAGCAAGGGGAAAGAGUCUGAGGUCGAGGGCAAUCAGAAAUGGAGUCACAUGUUUGUUUGUUUUUUCCUGACGAUUUUCAACUUUAAUGAGAUGCAGAGAGAAUGUGAUGCUUCUUAACGCCUGCGCAGGCUUAGUGUGUGAGAACAGGAAGCUAAUUAUAGCCACUUAAAGUGUGAGCACCAGCGGGACUGGCAGAACCAUUGUGCUCCACUGGUACGUGGUUAUGCUGGACUAUAUCAUUAACUCCAACUUGACUGUUGGUAAAAAUGUCUUCCUGCAAGUUUUGCACUUGUCGUUUUGGCUUGUGCGUUGUGUGGCGCGUGCCACCCAGCAAUUUGGAGGAAAAUGAGCCGGCUAUGCUGUUUCUGCAGACUCACGGUGCCGGACGACCUCACUCCGGAGGAGCAGCAGGAGCUGGAGAACAUCCGCCGGCGCAAGCAGGAGCUGCUGGAGGACAUUCAGCGGCUGAAGGAUGAGAUAGCAGAAGUCACCAGCGAGAUCGAGAACCUGGGUUCCACCGAGGAGCGGAAAAACAUGCAGAGGAACAAACAGGUGGCAAUGGGCCGGAAGAAAUUCAACAUGGACCCUAAAAAGGGAAUCCAGUUCCUCAUUGAGAACGAUUUGCUGAAGAAUACUAGCGAUGACAUCGCUCAGUUCCUCUACAAGGGUGAGGGUCUGAACAAAACGGCCAUCGGAGACUACCUCGGGGAAAGAGAUGAUUUCAACAUACAGGUCCUCCACGCAUUUGUUGAGCUUCAUGAAUUCACAGACCUCAACCUGGUUCAAGCCCUGAGACAGUUCCUGUGGAGUUUCCGACUGCCCGGAGAAGCCCAGAAAAUUGACCGCAUGAUGGAGGCCUUCGCUCAGCGCUACUGCCAGUGCAACCCUGGCGUUUUCCAGUCCACAGACACGUGUUACAUCCUGUCCUUCGCCAUCAUCAUGCUCAACACCAGCCUCCACAACCCCAACGUGAAGGACAAGCCCACAGUGGAACGCUUCAUCUCCAUGAACCGAGGCAUCAAUGACGGUGGAGACUUACCUGAGGACCUCCUCAGGAAUCUGUACGAGAGCAUCAAAAACGAGCCGUUCAAGAUCCCAGAGGACGACGGCAACGACCUCACGCAUACGUUCUUCAACCCUGACAGAGAAGGCUGGCUGCUCAAACUGGGAGGAGGACGCGUGAAGACCUGGAAAAGGAGAUGGUUCAUCCUAACCGACAACUGUCUCUACUACUUCGAGUACACGACGGACAAAGAGCCGCGAGGGAUCAUCCCGCUGGAGAACCUGAGCAUCAGAGAGGUGGAGGACAAGAAACCAAACUGCUUUGAGCUUUUCAUUCCCGACAACAAGGACCAGGUGAUCAAGGCGUGUAAGACGGAGGCUGACGGACGCGUCGUGGAGGGCAAUCACACCUUCUACCGUAUCUCCGCACCCUCCACCGAGGAGAAGGAUGAAUGGAUGAACAGCAUUAAAGCUGCCAUCAGCAGGGACCCCUUUUACGAGAUGUUGGCCGCCAGGAAGAAGAAGGUGUCGUCCAUGAAGAGGCACUAAGAGCUGCUUGUCGCCACUCUGAAUGUUGCACUUGAAAGGAGCGGGUGGGCGCUCUGGAGGUGGGAGGGGGGUGUCACAGUUGACCCGUGUGCACACAUCCCUGUGAUCAGCAUCAGAUCUCUUUCAGGGUUUCUUUUCUCACAUGGCAAGGUUGUCUUUUUGGACUCUGCUGGCCAGGAAACCAAGAGGCAUGCUGGCUCUUCUAGGUGAGAGUCGAGGGUGCGGAAAGGGGGUCCAAACGGCCUCUGACCUCCUGGCUCAAUGCAGUCAGUCCUCGUGAGGUGUCAUUCAACAUCAAAACCCCCUUUGGAUUCCUAAAACGUGGGCCCCCACACCCCCCGGCACAUUGAACUCAGCAGGUCUGAACCUGUGCGGCAACAAAAUACUCCUCAUAAAGAACUUUUCUAUCUAAGGCUUUAUUAGAUAACUUUUUACAGCUUUACUGUUUAUUGGCUUGCUUUUGUAAUACAAACGUCGUGUAACACACAUCAGGAAGACAAAGCAAGUGACUUGGCGUUCUGAUUGAGUGAUUUUGUAAGGGGAAAAACACAAAAUAUCAAAGUUUCCACUCAUUCGCAUGACUGAAAGUUGUUUUGCAUCAGUUUCCCCCUCGCUUGCACUGCCUGGCGCUAUAUAAUAUUAACAUGAAAAGAAAUGCUGCUGGUUAGCGACAGUAAUUCACUUUGUAGACGGUUACCUUUAUAAUGGUAAAACAAGUCCCACAUCACCAUCAUAAUUAUCACUGGGUGUACAGUACAUUGGCUGUGUCAGUGUCUCUGUGUGCUACAGGUUGUGUAUGCACAAGCUGCAUAUUGAAGUUUUAAAAACACCACCAAUACACAGAAGGUUGUCCUUGCCUCAGGAUCCAAAGCGUUGAUGUGAAAUGUUCUUUUUCCUCUUCACGUGCAAACCAAAACACUGAGAAAAGAUGUCUCUUAAUACAUGUGUCAAACUGCAAUGAGGUGCAGUGUUCCAUUACUGCUGCCUGAUGUUUGCUCUCGGGUUUCAUCCGCUCUGCUCCUAACACUUGUCAAAAAUGAAAAACUCAUUGCUAGACAGUAUUGGUUUAUUUAUCAAACGUUGUACAUAUUGAAAUGUAUAGUGAGUUUUAUCAUUAGUUGUGACAUUUUUCGCGUUGAAAUGUUGAUUUAAGGUUUCUGUUGUUGCCAUUUAAUCAUGCUACAAUAAAAAUGGAUCAGUCUUAACGUUACCUGAAAAUGUUUGGU